AUUAAGAUCAAAAAUAAAUUAUUUAAAGGGUAUUAACACUCCACAUAUUCUAAUAUUUAACAAGAAUUUAAAAAAUGUAAUCCUUGCUCGCUCCGCCACUGAGACCGCCGUCCCGACGCUAAUUCCGCGUGGUGGCGGGAGUGGUGGGAGAGCGCCUCGACGGAGAUGCUCUCACUUAGUGGAGAGCAGCAUGUGGUGGUGGCUGCUGCUGGUGGUCACUUUAGUGACGGCUGCUGACGCUAAGCGAGCCCCGACCCAAGAACCCGUCAUCGAAGAGGUCACUGCCAAACAGCUGGAACGCAUCCUCUCCGAGAAGGACUAUGUCGCCGUCUUUUGGUACGCACGAAGCUGCACCACAUGCGAUAAAGUGUUGCAGGAAUUAGAGCAAAUCGACGAUGACACCGACUCCUUUGGGGUCGAUUUUGUCAAAAUCAACGACAAACGACUGGCUAAACAGUAUGGCAUUACGAAAUUUCCGGCACUCACCUAUUUUAGGGAGAAAGAACCGAUCAUCUAUGAAGGUGACUUAAUGGACGAAGAACAAGUCUUAGAUUUUUUAACAAGUUUGGAAGCAAUGGAUCUACCAGACAGAAUCGAAGAAGUCAAUGCAAGGAUUUUAGACAAGAUUGUCGAAGAAACUGAUUAUGUUGCUGUUCUGUUUUGUCCAGAUGCCGAUAAGUGCGCAAAAGCUGGAAGCAAUAAACCGGAAUGCAAAAAAUGUUCUAAAGCGCUCCAGGAAUUAGAAAACAUUGACGAUGAAGCUGAUCAACUUGGAAUAGGAUUCGUCAAAAUUAACGACGAAAGCUUGGCUGAUGAAUAUAACUUAGGAACCUUACCCUCGCUUGUGUAUUAUAGACACCAAAUUCCAAUUAUUUACGAAGGAGAAUUAACCAAAGAAGAUGAUGUCCUAGAAUGGUUAGUUCAACAUAAGAGCACUGGAGACGAAGAUGAUAUCAUCGAAGAUGUUACCCUAAAAACCUUAACUACUUUAAUAACGAGCGUUGAUCAUUUAGCCGUACUGUUUUACGAUCAUGGAUCCGAAGAAUCAAUGCAAGUUCUCGACGAUUUAGAACAUAUAGAUGACGACUGCGACAAAUACGGCAUACAAUUUGUAAAAAUCGAUGACUACCAUGCUGUAAAAGAGUACGGUUUAGACUCGCUACCAGCUGUUGUGUAUUUUGAAAAAGGAAUACCUAAUAUUUACGACGGGGAUUUGGAGGAAGAAGAGGAAAUUUUGGAGUGGCUUGUGGAACAACUGGAGAAAGAUGAAAUCGAAGAUGUAACGGACGAGAUGUUGGAUAAGUUGAUUCACGACAGCAAAUUUUUAGCUGUUCUGUUUUACGAUGACGACGACAGAAAAUCUCAAAAAGUCCUCAACGAACUUGAAAAUAUCGACGACGAAUGCGAUCAGCUCGGAAUCGUUUUCGUAAAAAUUGACAACGAUGACGAAGCUAAAGAAUACGGUAUCGAAAAAAUACCUUCCUUAGUAUAUUUCGAAAGCGGCAUACCGACCCUGUACGAAGGAAACCUCGAAGAUGAAGAGAAAGUACUGAAAUGGCUCGAGCACCAAGUAAAAAGCGACGAAAUUGAAGAUGUCACUGAUGAGAUGUUGGAUAUUUUGAUUGCGAAAAAAUCGCACGUUGCAGUGUUAUUCUAUGACAAAAACCACAAGAAGAGCCAAAAAAUUUUGGCCGAACUCGAAAACAUUGACGACGAAUGUGACCAAAAUAGCAUAGUAUUCGUUAAAAUUGACAAUCCCGAUGAAGCAAAAGAAUACGGUAUAGACACCGUUCCCAGCUUAGUGUUAUUUGAAAAGCGUAUUCCUCAUCUUUACGAAGGAGACCUAAUGAAAGAGGAAGAAUUACUGGGAUGGCUGCUGCAUCAAAAGAGACACAGUGAGAUACCAGAUAUAACUGACGAGAUGAUGGAUUUACUUAUUGAAUCAGAAAAAUAUCUUGCUGUAUUAUUUUAUGAUAAAGACGAUAAACAAGAUAUCAGAGUCCUCAAUGAACUAGAAAAUAUCGAUGACGACUUAGAGAAAGAAGGAAUUGUAAUAGUAAGAAUCGAUAAUGACGCUGAAGCAAAAGAAUUCGGUAUAGAUCAUUUACCAACGUUGAUCUACUUUGAAGAUAAAAUCCCAUCAAUAUAUGAAGGUGAUCUCAUGAACGAAGACGAAGUACUCAAAUGGCUGAUCGAACAAAAAACAACUGCCACAAUUGAAGAAGUUACUGAUGAAAUACUCGAAGAUCUCAUUCAAGAACACGAAUACGUUGUAGUCUACUUCAGCGGUAACUGUGAAGAAGGAAUGGAAUGUGACAAUAUACUUAACGAAUUAGAAAAUAUUGAUGACGAACUUGAUGAAACCGGUAUUAUCUUCGUUACAACAGAAGAUUUGGUCAUAGCUAAAAAGUAUAAUAUUAAGAGUUUUCCUAAGUUAGUUUUCUUCAGAAAUAAAGAACCAUUGGUAUAUACUGGAGACAUCGAAGAUGAAGACGAGGUUUUAGCUUGGCUUACUGAUGAAAACACUCUUGAAAUACCUGAUCGCAUUGAAGAAGUCAACACAAAGAUGCUAGAUAAGAUUUUGGGUGAAAAUGAACACGUCGUUGUAUAUUUCUACAAAGAAGGUGACAAGAGAUGUCAAAAAAUACUACAAGAACUUGAAAACAUUGACGAUGAAUGUGAAGACAAGGAUAUAGAUUUCGUCAAAAUCUCAGAUGAAGGUAUUCAAAAAGAAUACGACUUACCUUCCCUACCAGCAGUCGUUUUCUACAGAAAUAGAUUUAGGGAGAUCUACACUGGCGAUCUUAUGCACGAAGAAGCCAUAUUGGAAUGGAUAUUGAAUUUGCGUGAUUCCGAUCCUGACGUUAUCGAAAAUGUCGAUAGAAAAACUUUACAGGUUCUCAUAAAUGAUGUUGAACAUUUAGCCGUCUUAUUCUAUAGCAACGACUGUGAAGAUUGUACUCAAAUUCUAGAAGAGUUAGAAACCAUCGACGAUGAUACCGACAAGCAUGGCAUACAAUUCGUUAAAUCUAUGGACGCUAAAUUGGCCGCUGAAAUAGGGAUUUUCAGUUUUCCAGCUCUAGUUUACUACGAAACCGGUGUACCAAUUAUGUAUGAUGGCAAUUUGUUAGAUGAAACGGAAGUGUUAGAAUGGAUGAUGGACCAAAAAAAUGAUCAGAGUAUAGAAGAAAUUAAUAGAGAUAAACUCUUUCAUUACAUUGAUACCAAAGAAUUUCUAGCAGUUGUUUUUUAUAAAGAAGAAGAUCCAGACAGUCCAAGAAUCCUCCGUCACAUUGAACUAAUCGAUGACGAAGCCUCCGAGUACGGCAUCAAAAUUGUUAAAAUGAAAGACAGACUGAUGGCGAAGAAAUACGGUUUCAGAGAUCCACCUGGAAUAACGUAUUUCCGAAAAGGGAAACCGAUAAAUUACGAUGGAGAUAUCGACGACGAAGAAGAGAUUUUGGAUUGGUUAAGCGACCCAGAAAAUAUGGAACUGACGGAUCACAUUGAAAGAGUCAAUAGAAAGAUGUUUGAUAAAAUCAGACAGAGAUCCGAUUAUGUGGCAGUGUUCCUAUACAGCAGCGACUGCAAGCAAUGUCCGCGAGUCCUUACAGAGGUUGAACACAUCGACGAUGAAGCUGACAGCGCUGGUAUCAACUUUGUAAAGAUCGAAGACAAACACAUGGCGAAAGAGCUCGGAGUAUUUGCUCUACCGGCCAUCUUAUUUUUUAAAUUGGGCUCUAAAGAACCGGUUAUAUACGCCGGAGAUCUUUUUGAUGAACAACAGAUCUUACAAUGGUUGUUGACGCAAAAGGACCCUUCUGGGGAUGUUAUAGAGGCUUAUGAUGGAAGCGAGUUACUAACGCUUAUAGAUAAUGAGGAUGCUCUAGCUGUCUAUUUCUACAGUGACGAAUGCGAACAAUGCGUUCAAAUAUUAGAAGAAUUAGAAAACAUUGAUGAUGACUGUGAGCGGCAUGGUAUCAAAUUUGUUAAAACACAAGACUUGAGAAUUGCUGAACAAUACGGAGCCACAGAUUAUCCAGUGUUGAUGUACUUUGAAAAUGGUAUAGGUGGAGUGUUCGAAGGAGAUCUGGAAGAGGAAGAAGAAGUGCUUCAAUGGUUGAUCCAACAAAGGACUGAGGAUAGAAUAGAGCUCAUAACAAGGGUAAUGUUAGAAAAAAUGGUAGAAGAAACUCAAUAUCUAGCAGUCUACUUUUAUAAACUCAAUUGUCACAUUUGCGAAGAAAUCCUAGAAGAGCUGGAACAAAUAGACGAUGAAUGCGAUGUUUACGGUAUUCAUCUCGUUAGAAUCCAAGAUCCUCAACUUGCCAAGAGAUACAGCAUCAAAACUUUCCCAGCGUUGGUUUAUUUUAGGAAUGGAAAUCCUCUUCUCUUUGAAGGUGAUCUUCAGAACGAGCAAUCCGUUCUGGAAUGGUUGACUGAUGACGAUAACAGAGAGCUAGAGGAUCAGAUAGAAUCUGUCAAUGAGAAGAUGUUGACCAGGCUCUUAAGUACGUCACCUUUUUUGGCGGUGUUCUUUUAUGAUGAAGACUGUCCAGAAUGCGAUAUGAUUCUAGAAAAUUUAGAAGAAAUCGACAACGAAGCUGACUUGUUCGGUAUAGAUUUCGUAAAGAUAUGUAGCGCGUCUGCUGCAGCUGAACAAGGUCUUCACACCCUCCCUGCUUUGAUGUACUUCAGGAAGAAGAAGCCCAUGGUGUACGAUGGUGAUCUCAGCCAAUCUGACAAUGUAUUGGAGUGGUUAACGUCACAGGAUGUGUUUGAAAUUAAAAAUGAAAUUGAAGAGGUCAAUAAAAAAAUGUUGGAGAAGCUGCUGGAAGAGAAUGAAUAUGUUACUGUAUUUUUCUAUGAAAUAAGUUCGGACGAAAGCAAAAUCAUCUUGGAGAAGCUGGAAAACAUCGACAGCGAAACAGACAACUUCGACAUAACAUUCGUCAAGAUGGCGGAUGCAAGAUACGCCAGAAAAUGGGGAGUGACUAAUCUUCCGGCCAUCGUAUACUUCCGAAGACGCUUCCCGAGCAUAUUCAGGGGAGACUUACAUUCCGAUGCGGACGUUUUAGAAUGGUUGAAGAAGAACAGAUUCCGUCAACCCGAAUUGAAUCUUUUUAUGUACGCUCUCAUGGCCAUUAUUGUGGCUUUCUUGAUUUAUACGGCAUUUUUACUUCAAUGUUUUAAGGUUACGCCUACUACCACUGUUGCCACUACAAAGCAGAGUUAGAUUUUUGCUGUAUUAGAAGCAGUACUCGAAAACGGUGUUUUCAGAAAAAAAAUUUUUCGCCUUAAUGUAAUUUAUGAAUCAUUAGGUGACCAUAUAGAAGCUAAAUCCAAAUGUUUAAAAUUUUAUGAUAUAAUUUUUCUCAAAAAUAGUAGGUUUAAAAAAACUGUUUCAUAUAGAAGUUUUAGAUAACAACAUUUUCUAUAAUUUGUCUUAUAGGAAACUGCGACGACAGCUGCAAAAAGUAGAGGGCGGCAAAGUUUAAUAAACUUAUUUUUUUUUGCUUUUUCUACCAAACAUUUUUAUUAUCUGCUGUUUUCGAUACAAAGCGUAGCAGGCAGUAUUGUUUCUUAUUGUACAAUUAUACAAAAAGUUGUACAGUCAGUAAUUUUAUUGGCAUAAGCACUGAAAAAUUAUAGGGAGAAGAUACUGAAAAAAUAUAACCUUAUAAAAUCGGAUGACCCAUUACAAUUUUAUAAAAAUCUUAGAAAUUACACAAACUAAGCUGUAUAAAGAAAAAAACUUAAUUUAUUAGUUUACUAAUAGAGAAUUAUGGCAUACUUUAAAAUUUAAUAAUUUUGUCAAAAAAUAAACUCAAGUUAUUUCCAGAAAUCUAAAAAAUUCUAACAAUAUUAAUAAUCUUUUAGUUAGUCAACUCAAUUUCAAACAUUAUUCCGCCCCAGCAUUUAUUAAACUUUUAUAAUACCAAUAAUGUUGUAUCUUGUACAUUCAAAUUAAAAAAAGUUGAUGAAAUAUUUAUAUGUAUUUGGUAAUAUUUUGGAAAAUAAAAUCAAAUGCGCUGUGCUGUGAUGAAUUGAAAAAACACCUUUUUAAUUUAUGUUUUCCGAAUAUUAUUCCAUACUUUACGCAAUAUAUUUAUGCCAAUUAAACAGUGUUGUCUCUACUCUCUGCCAAAAAAACAAUAAACCCAAAAAACAAAAUCGCAUGAAAGGCUUUUUUCUGAAAAGGUAACCAUUUUUAUUGUACUAGAAGGGCUAUUUUUAAAAGAAUAUUUGAGAUGAGUGAGUAGAUAAACGUUUUUAGAUGAAAGGGAAUAGAAAAAAAUAUCUAUUCAUCGCCAGUUAAAACUAAAAAGAAAACAGUUCUAUUUAUUUAAUAAAUAUGAAAAUUUUAUAGUAUUUUCGAAACGUACCAUUUUAAUAUUUUACAUUUUAACUGCCUGUUCGGCCUUUUUUCCAAUAUAUUUUCAUUAUUUUUAUGAAAUAAAUGGCUAUCGUUGAAUUUUUUCUGAAUUAGUCAGUCAGUCAUAAUAAUAAACUAAUGUAAAAUAUUAGAUAGUCGUUCAAUUAGUAGGGCCUGGAAUACAGCUCUGUGGUACACAUGCUUCAUGAGAACGAGGAUAUUAUUCAACGUUUGAAAGGGUCCUGAAAUAGUUUUUAAAUCAAAAUAAAAAAUUAUGCUUCGGUUAUUAAUGUUUUUUUACUUGUGUAGAAAUGUGAUAUUGAAUAUUCGUAUGAUUUUUUUUGUUAGGUUUUUAGUUAAUUUUUGUCGCCCUUCUCUGUAAUUAUUAACAGUUAUUAAGUGGAUUUAUUAAUCCUGGACCAAUAAAGUUAUACUUAUCGUCAACAAAUGAAGUGUUCAUCGUUAAUUUUGUAUAAAGUUAAUGUACAUAUUGUGCUAUCAUUCCCGGAAAAGAGAGGACAGUAAUAAGUACAGUUUAUUUGUGGGUAAACAAAGGAAUGUAAAUCUUGUACAUAAAUAUAUAAAUGUAAGUAACUAGU